AUGAUUUAGAAAAACUUAGUUGUGAUAAAUUUGGAAGGUAAAUAUGGCUGUCAUUAAAAUAGUAAUGUGGUUGAUAAAAGUGUCAAUAUUUCUUCUUUUAUGAGGAAAGAGAUCUUGAAAGUGUUCAUAAACAAUAUGAAUAUUUUUUAUAGGUUAUCAAACAAUUGUUAUGGGAAUUAUGUCAUCUAAAAUUUUUGUAAAUAACUUGAUUAUAGUUAAUUAUUAAAAAUACAUCCAGAAAGUAAUUCGCUUAAUACUUAAUUUGGCUAACAUGUACUUUAAACCUUAUAAAAAUUAAAAAAUUGA